GAAGCAUGCGUGGGCCGGGGCUGCCGCUGCCGCUGCUGCUGCUGCUGCUGGCGUUGGGCUGGGCGGCCGCGCUGCCCCGCUCGCAGCUCUUCCCCUUCGGGGAGCCCCGCGGGGACCGGCAGCUGCCCGAAGGCGACGACGAGACCUCGGCGCCCGCCGCGCCCCUGCCCGGCCCGCUGCGCUUCUACGAGACCCGCUUCGCGCAGCUCUACGUUGGGACCAACGGGAUCAUUUCCACCCAGGACUUCCCCAGAGAGACCCAGUAUGUGGAUGACGAUUUCCCCACGGACUUCCCCGCGGUGGCUCCUUUCCUGUCAGACAUCGACACCAGUGGCGGGAGAGGCAAGAUCUAUUACCGCCUGGAUGAUUCCAGAGAGGUGCUGGAUCGGGCUGCCCAGCUGGUCCAGGCUGCAUUUCCCAGCGCCACCGACUUUGCCCCCCGCCACACCUUCAUUGCUACCUGGGAGGACGUGGCAGCCUACGAAGAAGUCACCCGGAACUCGGAGCCAUCCAAGCAGCGUAACACCUUCCAGGCAGUCUUAGCCUACGGCCUUUCGGACGCCUACGCCCUCUUCCUUUAUCCCGACGACGGGAUCCAGUUCUUCGGGACGCGGCCGAAGGAAUCGUACAACGUCCACCUGGAGCUCCCGGCCCGCGUAGGCUUCAGCAGAGGGGAUUAUCAACGGCGGGAAGGGCCGUACCACAGCGUAACGAACAGCGAGCAGUCCGUCAAAAACCUCUACCAGACAAGCAACAUGGGGAUCCCGGGUGUGUGGGCCUUCCAUAUCGGCAGCGCUGCCCCACUGGAUAAUGUGAUCCCCGCCACGAUCGGCAGGAGACCCCUGCCUUCUCCAAGAACCCCAGAGAGCAGCUCUGUCAGCCCUAACAUCCUGGAGGGCGAAUACCCCGAUUCCAACCUUGAUUAUGAAGAUUCCUUCUACGAUGGGGCAGAAGACGACUUUGAGUACUUGCCCAUCACGCCCACCGAGCAGACGCGCGGCUCGGAUACGAGACCCGGCAGCUCGUUCAACCCCGACGGCCGACUUGAUUACAACGAGCCGAGGCGUUCCGGCGUGAAGCUGGAUUCGGAUCGGGAGCCCCCGUUGCACUAUCCGGGAUCGAGCCAUCUCCCUCCUUACCCAGACCUGGAUUCCAUCUCUCUGUUCCCCUUGGAGGAAGUGCCGUCCGCAGCAUCUUCUGUGUCAGAAGAAGACGCGAGAACCCCGUCCUUGCCGUUGGUUUACGAGAGUCCGAUUGAGGCGGUCACGGCUACCCUGCUGAGGCAACCUGGCCACGAGGGUGCCUUGCCCCCCCGGGAAGAAGAUAGGGGCGCCCCUCCAGAAACAGAAAGCUUUCCUGUCUACCCAGAGGGGGAAGUGAUCCUCGAAAGCUUCCCAGACAACACCCCUCCUUUCAGCCACAGGAGACGGGUCGUAGGUGUGGACGAGGACGUCAGUUUUAACCCUGACGGGUUCACGUACAGCACCGCCAACGUGGAGACCUGCGAGGAGCGCCACGCCCAGUGCUCCCAGCACGCCUUCUGCACGGAUUACAGCACCGGCUUCUGUUGCCACUGCCAGACCAAGUUCUACGGGAACGGAAGGCACUGCUUACCGGAAGGGGCCGCUCAUCGUCUCAACGGCAAAGUCAGCGGCAACCUGUUGGUGGGACAGACGCCCGUGCGCUUCGGCCAGGUUGACCUCCACGCCUACAUUGUCGGCAACGACGGUCGGGCCUACACGGCCGUCAGCCACAUCCCCCAGCCGGCCGCCAGGUCGCUGAUGCCGUUGGCUCCCAUCGGAGGGCUCUUUGGUUGGCUCUUUGCCCUGGAGAAACCCGGCUACGAAAAUGGCUUCAGUAUUACUGGUGCUAAAUUCACUCACAAUGCGGAAGUCACUUUCUAUCCAGGAGAGGAAAAAGUUUUUGUCAAGCAAACAGCCGACGGGUUGGAUGAAGAAAAUUACCUCAGCAUUAGGACAGAAAUUCAAGGACAGGUGCCCUAUAUUCCGGAGAAUUUUACUGUCCACAUUGCGCCUUAUAAAGAAAUUUACCACUACUCGGAUUCAGUGGUGACGUCCACAUCUUACCGGGAAUAUUCCCUUACUUUGGGAAGCAGCAACCAGACCUUCUCCUACCGGCUGAGCCAGAAUAUCACCUACCAGGAGUGCCCGCAUGCCCGCCUCCGGAGGCUGGCCCCUGCCGCUCAGCAGCUGACGGUGGACCGGAUCUUUGCUCUGUAUAACGAGGAGGAGAGAGUCCUUCGCUAUGCCGUGACCAACCAGAUUGGACCCCUGGGAGAUGAUUCUGGGUCGGUCACGCUGAACCCCUGCUAUGACGGCACCCACACGUGCGACACGACGGCGCGCUGCCAGGCGGGCACCGGCCUCGAUUACACCUGCGAGUGCACGGCUGGCUUCUGGGGCGACGGCAAGGAAUGCGUCGAUAUCAACGAAUGUGCUGAAGGCCUCAGCAGAUGUAGCCAGGAGUCGGUGUGCGUCAAUACUCAGGGCAGCUACAGAUGUGAGUGCCCCAGUGGAUACCAGCUCGCAGCUGACCGGGUGACUUGUCUAGCCAUUGCUUCCCCACCCAAUCCCUGUGCAGAAGGCACUCACACCUGUGCUCCGGCGGAUCGGGCGCGCUGCGUCUACCAUGGGGGCGGCUCCUUCAGCUGCGUCUGCCUUACUGGUUAUGCUGGCAAUGGGCACGACUGCACAGAUGUGGACGAAUGUGCAGAAGCGAGGUGCCACCGAGCUGCUGAUUGCUACAAUUCCCCUGGUUCUUUUGCCUGUCGCUGUUGGGCUGGCUAUGAAGGCGACGGCUUCCAUUGCUCUCCAGGGACUGUGCCGAGCCUGACCCGCUGUGAACACGAGCGACGGCAUUCGGGCCAGCCGGGCCUCCCUGGAGGCCGCCAUAUCCCCGAGUGCGACGACCAGGGGAACUACAAGCCGCUGCAGUGCCACGGCAGCACGGGCUACUGCUGGUGUGUUGACGGGGAGGGCCAGGAGAUUGGCGGGAGCCGGGUGCCGCCCAGCGCUCCCCUGCCUCGCUGCGGGGCCUCAGGGACCGUGCCGAGCCUGACCCGCUGUGAACACGAGCGACGGCAUUCGGGCCAGCCGGGCCUCCCUGGAGGCCGCCAUAUCCCCGAGUGCGACGACCAGGGGAACUACAAGCCGCUGCAGUGCCACGGCAGCACGGGCUACUGCUGGUGUGUUGACGGGGAGGGCCAGGAGAUUGGCGGGAGCCGGGUGCCGCCCAGCGCUCCCCUGCCUCGCUGCGGGGCCUCAGGGACCGUGCCAAGCCUGACCCGCUGUGAACAUGAGCGACAGCAUUCGCACCAGCUGGGCCUCCCUGGAGGCCGCCAUAUCCCCGAGUGCGACAACCAGGGGAACUACAAGCCACUGCAGUGCCACGGCAGCACGGGCUACUGCUGGUGUGUUGACGGGGAGGGCCAGGAGAUUGGCGGGAGCCGGGUGCCGCCCAGCGCUCCCCUGCCUCGCUGCGGGGCCUCAGGGACCGUGCCGAGCCUGACCCGCUGUGAAGACGAGCGACGGCAUUCGGGCCAGCCGGGCCUCCCUGGAGGCCGCCAUAUCCCCGAGUGCGACGACCAGGGGAACUACAAGCCGCUGCAGUGCCACGGCAGCACGGGCUACUGCUGGUGUGUUGACGGGGAGGGCCAGGAGAUUGGCGGGAGCCGGGUGCCGCCCAGCGCUCCCCUGCCUCGCUGCGGGGCCUCAGGGACCGUGCCGAGCCUGACCCGCUGUGAACACGAGCGACGGCAUUCGGGCCAGCCGGGCCUCCCUGGAGGCCGCCAUAUCCCCGAGUGCGACGACCAGGGGAACUACAAGCCGCUGCAGUGCCACAGCAGCACGGGCUACUGCUGGUGUGUUGACGGGGAGGGCCAGGAGAUUGGCGGGAGCCGGGUGCCGCCCAGCGCUCCCCUGCCUCGCUGCGGGGCCUCAGAAGCGACCCAGAGGCCGCAGACGAUGUGCGAACGCUGGAGACAGAGCCUCCUGGAGCACUAUGGCGGCAGCCCACGGGGUGACCAGUAUGUGCCCCAGUGCGACGCUCUGGGCAACUUUAAUCCACUGCAGUGCCAUGGGAACAGCGGUUACUGCUGGUGUGUGGACGAACACGGCCGCAAGAUCCAGGGCACGAGGUCGGAGCCUGGCGUCCCUCCUGCAUGCCUCCCCAGUGUCGCCCCGCCCACUGUUCGCCCAUCUCCACGCCCUGACAUCAGCCUUCCCUCAGCCGGGACGUUCCUGCUUUAUGCUCAGGGCCAGCAAAUUGGCUCCUUACCCCUGAACGGCACGAGGCUUAACAAGGAGGCAGCGAAGACCCUGCUCUCCCUCCAUGGCUCCAUUGUGGUGGCGAUCGACUAUGACUGCAGGGAGAAGAUGAUGUACUGGACGGACGUCGCAGGGCGGGCCAUCAGCCGGGCAAGCCUCGAGCAGGGAGCAGAGCCAGAGACGAUCAUCACCUCGGGGCUGAUCAGUCCGGAAGGCCUGGCCAUAGACCACCUCAGAAGAACCAUGUUUUGGACAGACAGUGGCUUGGACAAAAUCGAGAGCGCCCGGCUGGACGGCACGGAACGGCAAGUCCUCUUUGCCACGGAGCUCGUGAACCCCCGUGCAAUUGCUGUGGACCCCAUCCAUGGGAAUCUAUACUGGACAGAUUGGAACCGUGAAGCCCCGAAAAUCGAGACAUCUACUGUGACCGGAGAAAAUAGACGGAUUUUGGUCAACCAGGACAUUGGGCUGCCGAACGGAUUAACCUUCGACCCCUUUGCCAAACUGAUUUGCUGGGCUGAUGCAGGAACCAAGAAGCUGGAGUGCGCGUUACCCAACGGAGCAGGAAGGCGGGUCAUUCAGGAUAACCUUAACUACCCUUUCAGCAUUGUUAGCUACGCCAAUCACUUCUACCACACAGACUGGCGAAGGGAUGGCGUUAUAGCUGUGAACAAAGACAGUGGUGGUUUUACGGGUGAAUAUCUCCCAGAACAGCGGACGCAUCUCUACGGAAUAACAGUGGUUCACCCAUACUGCCCAGGAGGAAGAAAAUAAGCUACCAGGUACAGAGAGGGAAGGAGAGGGGGGGGAGAAGCGUCCACUGUGACAGCUGGAAGAACGCUCCCGCCUCCUGACAUCCUUGUACAUAGUGCCAAAGGCUUCCUCCAGCUACAUCAGGACAACCAGAGAUCUGUACUGAAGGGAAUUAAGCGGUUUAACUUAGAGCAAAAUUAUCCAAUAUUUUUAAGUUAUACCUCAAAUCUUUACUACUGUAUUUUUAUUAAUUUUUUUUUUUACAAAAGGAAAACAUUUUUUAUAUAUUGCCAAGAAGAAAUGGUGCUAUCGAUGACGGGGGCUGAUACUAUUCUCUUUUUUGCUGAUGAGAGCAACUUUGUAAAACAAAAAUUAUGACCAUAUAAACGUAUCCUUAUUCCACUGUUAUUUUAUUGGAAAACACAAGAGACUCUACACUUUCUAAAACAGCGGCGGUGGAAGGGAACCAGCUUCGCUCAGACAGGGGAACUGUCCAUAAUGGCUUCUGCAGCAGUGCCUUAAGAGGCCCGUGGGACUCCUGGCCACGGGAGAGGGUGGAAAAAGG